AUGAGAAGAAAAUGCCCAGCUACAUCCCCCCUUCUGCUGCUCCAGCUUCUCCUGAGGUGUUCAGAAUGGGGUGGGGGAGUUAAUUUUGGUGAGAAGGAUGCAAAAGUUUCCAGGGCCUGGAGAGAUGGAGUCAGGGUCCCCGGAGAAGGAACCUCUUGGGACUCAGACAGCGCCAGUCCUGAGCUAAGGUACAGAAUAGUAGGAUUAAGUCAAAGCAUUUCCACUAAGCACCCAGAGACCAGCCCUAAAGACUCAAGAAUAAGAGAAAAUGAUGUAACUGCAGAUGGAAGGACCACUGAGGACCACAUCACUGCAGACCCAGGGACCACCAAGGACUCCGUCACUGCAGACCCAGGGACCACCGAGGACUCCGUCACUGCAGGCCCAGGGACCACCGAGGACUCCGUCACUGCAGGCUCUUGGACCACAGAAGAUGAAAUCACUAAACAUGGUGACAUUCACCUUCUGCGAACUACUUCAGUCACAGCAGUGAAACCUACCAGGCUCCUGACACCCAUGGGAAUUAUCCUCAUAUCCCUGACUGCAACCACGGUUACUGUUGCACUCUUUGUUGGAUUGGGCUUCAUUGUGCAGUUCUGGCAGCGGCACGGGGGCUUUACCCAGUCAGUCUCCUUCAACUUGCCAUGUAGCUUUCUCCAGAAUGAGGCCACCCCCUCAGGGUGCUACCAGGAAGGAGAGUAUGGUUUUGGCAUUUGA